AUGAAACUCAAACAGAGCCUUGAGGCAAAAAUGGAACAAUCCAUCAACAGCUGUGGGGUUUUGCUAAAACUUCACAACAUAUUUGAUGGCCUUAUAGAAGAUGAAGUGUCGAAAGACAUUGAAGAGAUCAUUCCUAAAGAGAUGGACAGUCGUUCCCAGGAGAAUUACUUUCUCCUUAUCUUUACAGUUUGCAAGGUAAAAUAAUGUUCAUUGUACUGAGACACUUAGGGUCUGUUUACAUGGACGUAGAGGACCCCAGGAAGGUGAGCAGAGGUAACCUGCCUGCCGUCAUAACUACUCAUAUGAAUAUAAUGGCGUUUACAUUAUAGGUGAGGUGACCCUAGCUCCAUGGUUUGCCUUGCCUACCUGGGGCCCCCUGCCAUUAUGUAAACAGACCCUUUGAUACAAAUACAGAUGAUUGGGUUUUAAUAACUACACUUCCAAAUAAUUUCUAUGUUUUUUUCUGUUAUUAAUGUUUCUGUCUUUUUGGGUAUGGUAAUGUGCACGUAUGAAGUUGAAACAAAUGAAAAUAAAAAUUACCCGGGAUAAAAAAUAUCUAAAACAUAAAUAUGUACAUAGUUACGUAUCACAUUAUUUUUAGUGGUGUGUUCCCCGUACGAAACUGGCAGCGCUGUACAGCGCCACAAAAUCGCUUCAAAAUAGCUGUACAGCUAAAUUACAGCUGUUUAGCAGCGUUUUAGAAGCCAAACAGCAGCUUAAUUCAAGUUGCAGCGGGAUGCAAAAGCGCUGUGCAGCCUUUGAAGCUCUUGGCAGCGGUUUUGCAGCGCAGUUGCCGACUUUCAAAAGCUGCGAAGUAGCUGCAGUAACGCUACAAUUCAGCUGCGCUCGAUCUGAUAGCACAACGUUCUUGAGAUAACAUGAAUCGCCAGAAAAGCCUUGCCACAGAUUACGGCUUUUAUAACGAGAAAACUUUGACUGUACCUCUAAGAAAUGUGAGUAAGCUUGUGCGCAAGGAAGAUCACUUGUUGAAUAAACCUUCAAAUUCUAUGCUUUCAAUAAAUUUCAUUCCGUGACUGGCGAGUGUGGGAAUGUUAUCGUUAAUUCCCUGGUGACAUUCUAGGCUGUAAUCUAAUUGGUCGGCACUUUUGCAUAAGAUCCCAUUACAUCUCUAGACAAACAUUUGUGACCGUUGAAUGAAAGGCGCAAACAUUCAUACAAAUUUGUAAGUGUUUUGCAUCUAGUUCUGUUUCGAGAUGGAAGUUCUGUUGAUGUUUUGGAUGGAACAGCUCAAAGGUAUUUGUAAACAACGGCAAUGUACGGUGAAUUCUACGCGAAGUGCCGACGAAUCGAACCGGAGCAAGCAACACAGAUGCCAGAAUCUUCGCUGGGGUACGAAUGCAUUUACAAGAUUCAAACGUUCACCGAUAAUGUACGUUCCUUAGUCCAUUGUAAAAUUUAACGAGGACCAAAGUAAGAUUUGGUUGAUUUCUUUCACGAAAAAGUGUAGCAGAUCGUCGAUCAUGGACAAAACGUUAAGGUGAGCGAUGUCAGGCUUAACGUGUUGCAACGAAUCAAAAUAUCAUUUGGCUGUUGUCCGGUGUAAACUUUAUGUAGAACAGUCGCUGUUAUUCUCUUUAUUUUUAAAAAGAUAAACUUCAAUGUCUGCAUGUUAAUGGCAGUUCUUACAUUUAGAUGAGUGACCAUGACUGCUCAAUAUUUACAAAGCGAGACUGUUGCAGAUUUGUUAUGUCACUUGCUUUUGUAACGUGUACGCGUGGAUACUAAUAAAGUAUCAGUUCCAUUGUGACUUUCUAGUGGUUUUUACUCCUCCUAAGGCCUUGUCAACUUCUCUACCAUGUUUCGUGGUUAUUGUAUUAUUGAAGUCUGCAUUUCUUUUUUUUGUACUAACGAGUGGUAGGACAUUACCGGGAACAACAUUCUUUGUCUUAAAAUUCGAAGCCACUUUGCAGCAACUUUGCAGCGCAGAUCGUGAUUCGGGAAUUUUCUGCACCGCUGCAACAGCGCUGUUUAUCGCUGUCAAAGGGCUUUCCCUGCAGCGCGAAACAGCCAUUUUUUGCUACUGCUGCAGCCAGCCCUUUUGCAGCUCUUUUGUAGCGCUUCUUGAAGUCAUUCUGCAGCGCUGCAGCAGCGCUGCUCGUUUCGUACGGGUCAUUACACAACUCCAUUUGAUUAUUGAUAUGAUAAUCAUGUCUUUAUUGCAUGUUCAUGUAGUACAUCUAGCCAAGACAUCUACCUUUUUUUCUUUUGUAGCUUCUGGAGGUACUUGACUUAAAGGACAAGUACUUUCCGCAAUUUCAAGGAUGGCUUGAAGACGUUGUGCUACCGGUAUAUAAGAGAUUAAUGCAAGAAGCCGGUACAAGUGACAGUGUCGAGGGUAAUGGCCAAGAAAUGAUCUCGACAUUAACACAUCUCUUGGAACGUGUAGCAGAAGAUCCACGAAAGGUAAAAAAAUUAAUAAGUUUUGAUAAUAAAGCAGGGGUUUUUAAUUUAAAACAAAAACCAGGUUAGCCACAGAUGUGACCUUGACCUUUACACUUUGGUAAGAUGCAGUACUAUUAUUUUAAGUUAGCAAUAAUAAUGAAUUAAUGUACAUUGUAAUUUCCAGUUAAAUUUCCAACGAAGGUUAAAUUUUUUUUUGUGUUACAACAGACUGAGUACUGAAAUGAAUUUCAACAUGGUUUAAUUACAUGUGAUUGAAACAUUUGACAAAGAAAAUUUAGCAACCCUGCUUGAAUUAUUCUUGUUGUAGCAUUAUUGUACUUACUGUACAUACACAAACACUAUCACUGUUUUAAUAAUGAUUGAUUUUUCCUUGAAACCAUUUGUUUUACAGGCUUCUGGUUUCUUUGUACAACACGUUGUACCCAGAGCUUGUGGGGUGCGGGAUUGUGUUGCAUUUAAUGUGCCAGAAGCAUUGAGAUUCAUUGGACUACCUGGUGACGCCGGCAGGUGCAAAGUUUCGUGCAUGGGUGAAGCAGUCCAAGAAUGGCUGCACCAACCGAAAAAUGAACCUGACUGUGGAAGCUGGACACACAAAAACAUUGACAUGCUGCCAUGUUAA